AUGUGUGCCAUGCUGAAGGAGGCCGAGAGCCUUCGGUACCUCGUGGUCAGGGUUAUGAGGAUGAUGCACGGCCUUGUAGAGAAGGACGCAGCUUUCGUCUUCGGUUAUAGGAGCCUUGUGUUCUCCUAUCCAGAGUUCAGGCGCAUGCAUAUGGCCAACUUUGGGCUUUUGGCGGAUCUCUGUGUGCACGGGCUGAUGCCAGGAACGCUUUUGAUUGAUGAGAUGGAGCGAUGGCUCCUUGCCGACAGUGUCAGGCUGCCUCCGCCUUCAACUUGGGCUUUCGUGCUUCAGAACCUUGGCGACAUGGCGCAAAGGCUAGCUGAUUCACGCCCGAAAGUCAGCCGAACCCUCGACUCCUUCGUGCAGGAUUGCAAGGUUAGCCCACAUUCGCGGCUCAGCAUUCUCAGCCUCAACGUGUCUUCUGACGAGAUGCAGCGAGAACUUCGCACGGCCCUACUCCUGCCAGCUCUCCAACAACUUGGCCCCGUUGUUUGCUGCUUUCAGGAGGUGACCCGCAAGGUGGCCAUGGACAUCCAGCGUGCGCUUCCCACCUGGGAAUCUUCAGACCCUGGAGAUGGAUCGUCUAUAAAAGGCCAUGGCGUUCUGAUCAUGGCUCCGCCAGAGUUAGAUGCUCGUUUUUCCGGCCACCUUCUGCAGUCCAAAGAUUGCAAGCUGGUUGUGGCGGAAUUCCCAGGCCUAGCCGUUGGCAAUGUGCACUUAUUGAGCAGCCCGGAGCUUCGAGAGAGGCAGCUCGCAGAUUGCGCUCAGGUGAUGCAACAAUGGUCUAACAUGCUCUUGGUGGGUGACUUCGGCAUGAAUGAAGAUGUUCUACACCGGUGCUUAUUGCAAAACCAGCUGCCAGACUUCACAGACCUUUGGCCUGUGUUGCGAGAUGAGCCUGGCAUCACAGUGCGCUGUCAGGGCAAAGGCAAGGGGAAGAGGACGGACCGGGCCCUCGCAAAGCUACCGCGGUGGAAGCCGGUGGAUAUGCAGCUGAUGUUUGAUCAGCCGCUUGUGCCGGGACCUUUUUUGCUCGACGUUCUCCCGUCGAUGUACAGCAAUUUCGUGCAUUUCAAGCCUGAGGUGGGCACCAAUGCCACCUUCGUAAGUCACAAGGUGGUUAGCGACGCAGCAAGCCACCCAGCCGACAUGAUGCUCAAGAAGGGGGCGGCCGAAGUGGAUGCGGGUCACGUGAAGGCCAAGCAGGAAGCCAUGAUGAUGCGAACGGAGACCACUACCUACAGGACCUGCUUGCAGAAUAUG